UUACCUUUUCUAGUUUACAAUGCUGUUGGAUUAGCAGCUUUUGAUUUAUAUGAUGAAAUUGAUUUUGACAAUUGGUUCACAAGUGUUCUUCUUCAUGAACUCAAAGUUAAAGUAACUGGUUAUUAUGUAAUUAGACGACGGGUUAUUUGGCUUAUUGGACAGUGGGUCAGCAUAAAAAUGUCACCUGAAAUGAGGCCUUUACUCUAUGAAGUGAUCUUAGAAUUGCUGAACAAUGAGGAGAACCUUGUUGUUCGGCUUGCUGCUGCAAAUGCUCUUAAAGUUGCUGUAGAUGAUUUUGAAUUCAGCACAGAGCAGUUUCUUCCAUUUUUAGAAAAAAGUAUUUCUGCUGUUUUUAUGCUUUUGAAAGAAGUAAAGGAAUGUGAUUUAAAGAUGUCAGUUUUACAUGUGUUGUCUUUCAUUGUUGAACGAAUGGGAUCUGAAGUACGCCCCUAUGCAGAAUCUCUUACGCAAUAUUUACCACAGUUAUGGGAAAAUUGUGGUGAUCAUAAUAUGUUGCGAUGUGCAGUUAUUUCAUGUUUUGUCCAUUUGAUGCAGGGUCUUGGCACUUUGAGUGAAUCCUUGCAUCCAUUCCUCCUUCCUAUGAUAGCAUUCAGCACAGAUGUUUCUCAGCCUCCUCAUGUUUAUUUAUUAGAGGACGGUUUGGAUUUGUGGUGGGCUGUGCUGGACAACACAUCCACAUGCAGUCCAGAAUUGUUAAACUUAGCCACCAAUAUGAUGCCUUUAUUAGAUUGUAAUACUGAAAAUCUUCGGGUUUGCCUUCAGAUUACAGAAGCCUACAUAAUUUUGUGCCCAGAAAAUUUUUUGAAGAGGUUUGGUCGGACUUUGGUACAGACAUUCCUUUCCGCUGUCACAGACAUGAAGUCUGAAGGGAUAAAUAUGGUUUUAAAGGUUGUUGAAACAGCAUUUAUUGUGUUUCCUGAAGAUGGUCCAGUUUUAUUUCAACCUCUGUUACCAUUUGUGUUAUCAUUAGCUUUACAAGAAAGUGAACUUCCCAUCUCCUUGACUGUGUAUUUUUCAGUAUUGUCACGUGUCAUAUUGCAUAAUCAAAAUUGUUUUGGACACAUAUUACAAGAAAAAGCUAAUGAAUCCCAAAAAAAUGUUGGAAGUGUCCUAGGUGAACUUCUUGAUUCGUGGCUCGAGAAAAUGCCUUUAAUGAACCCAAUACAGCGAAGGAAGCUUUUGGGCUUAGCCUUGACAUGCCUUUUAACUUCUAAUUCUGACGUUGUCCUUGAUCGAAUAUGCGGGAUACUUUUAGCUGUUAUUGAAGUUUUGAAUGAUAUAACUAAAUGUGACAGUGAUACUUCAGCAGACCUAUUAGUAAUGAGGCCUGAUGAAUUUGAUACAGCUGAUGAAGAUAUCGAAACCGAGCACGAUAAGAGGAAACGAGAGCUUUCUAGGAUAGAUCCAGUAUAUACAGUUGUGUUAAGAGACUAUCUUUACAAUCAAGUUAUGGCACUUCAGCAGUCUGUAGGAGCUACAAAAUUCCAAGACCUCAUGUCCACUGUUGAUGUUGAAACUAUGCAACAACUUCGAGAAUACCUUGAAAACUGAGAAAAUGUGUUAUUCAUUUGAAAUGUUCUUAUGCAUGUGAGAUAGAAUGAACUGUAAAUAAUGAAUGCAUGAAUAAGAUUGUAUGAAAAGUGAGGAAUUGAAAUAAAAAUUACAUUUAUAUA